GGAUUAAAAUCCAAAUCCCAUACAAUUUUAGAACCCUAAUUAAUUUCCUGCCUUGUUCCUUCUUUUCUAUCCAUAUAAUUAAAGACUAGUCUGCAUGCAUAGCAUUCUUCUCUUUUUGUUACAUUGCCUCUAGGUUUAUAUAUUUUUAUAGUUAAAAGUAAAUCACAACAAAUUGAAACCUCACCAAGAACAAGAGAUUAACCACACAAUGGCUCGCAUUAGCAAUGGCGUCUUUACAUUUAUAAACUCGUUGAUCUUGAUCCUAGGCCUUGUCUCUAUCAGCGCUUCUGCUUAUCUAAUGAUGCAUCACUCUUCGUCCUUGUGUCAAAAAGCCCUACAACUCCCAUUAUUUAUACUGGGUGUCUCUUUAUUUGUGGUGUCAUUGCUAGGGCUAAUCGGAUCACUCUGUGAGAAGACCUUUUGGAUCAAGAUUCAUUCUUGCUUCAACUUUUUGUUGAUUGUUGGGCUCGUAUGUUUCACUGUUUUUGCAUUCAUUGUCACAAAUAAGGGUGCAGGCAAGGCCUUGUCAAGGAUAGGGUACAGGGAGUACAGGCUUGGAGAUUACUCAAAUUGGUUGAAGAAUCACUUCGUGAAUCAGAAUAACUGGGAUGAGAUCAGGAGUUGUUUGAUUGACGCUCAUGUUUGCCAGAGUCUUGAUAAUCAUUCUGAUGUUAAUCAGAAGGUUGCGGAUUUUUACCAGACCAAAUUGUCUCCUGUACAGUCUGGUUGCUGCAAGCCCCCAGCAGACUGUGGAUUCGAAUAUAAGAAUGCAACAUUCUGGAUAGUGCCCGAGUCUGGCCCAGCAGUGCAAGACUCCGACUGUGCCACAUGGAGCAAUAACCAAAACAAGUAUUGCUACGACUGCAAUUCAUGUAAAGGUGGAUUUCUCGCCAACAUUAAGAAAGAAUGGAGGAUUUUGGCCAUCGUCCUCAUCUUUAUCACCGUUUUUCUCAUCAUCUUAUACUCCCUUGGUUGCUGUGCCAUCAGGAGCAUCCAUCAAUCCCAUUCCAAAUACUCCAAAUUCGGCCCUUAAGCUUCUUAGUCAUUAGUCUAGUUUCUGACUAGAUUUGUUUAAAUUUGUUGGAAUCUAGUGCAACGAUUUAUGCUGAUAGCUUAAAUUUUAACUAGUCCAUGAUGAUGUAACUUGAAUUAUUCUUGUUAGGUGCAUUACGCUUGACUUUCAUUAUUAUGUAUUCUGGAUUCCUAGACUCAAAUAAUAUUUUCUUCCUAAUUUAGA